AUGUCGGCUCUCCGCACCGCCCUCCGCCCCGCCGCGCGCGCCGUCGGCCGCCGCACCAUCUCGUCGUCGAGCGCACGGAGGUCCGACAACCUCAUGGUGCACCGCGACUCGGCCCACAACAAUCCCUCGACCCCCUUCGAGUUCAACGCCGACUCGAAGAAGCAGAUUGAGAAGAUUGUCGCCCGCUACCCCGUCCAGUACAAGAAGGCCGCCGUCAUGCCCGUUCUCGACGUUGCCCAGCGCCAGAACGGCGGCUGGGUUUCGCUCACUGCCAUGAACGCCGUCGCCAAGCUCCUGGACAUGAACCCCAUGCGCGUGUACGAGGUCGCGUCCUUCUACACCAUGUACAACCGCGAGCCUGUUGCGCCCAACUUUGUCCAGCUCUGCACCACCACCCCGUGCAUGCUCGGCGGCUGCGGCUCGAACAAGAUCCUCGAGGCUAUCACCAACCACCUCGGUAUCACCCCCGGCCACUCGACCAAGGACGGCAAGUUUACCUUUAUCGAGGUCGAGUGCCUCGGCGCAUGCUCGAACGCGCCCAUGAUGCAGAUCGGCGACGAGUUCUACGAGGACCUCACCCCGGAGACCACCGUCAAGAUCCUGGACGCGCUCGCCAAGGGCGAGAAGCCCAAGCCCGGCCCCCAGUCUGGCAGGCACACGUCGGAGAACUCGGCUGGCCUGACAACACUGCUCGAAAAGCCCUAUGGCCCUGGCGAGCACUGCCUGCCCGAGUUCCAAUAG